AGUUUCGGUUAAAUACUAAAUGACUCACCAUUUCCUAGACAAGUGCACUAAAUAUGGUGAGAAAUCUGGACUUCUAUACCCUACGCAGUGCACUCUAUAUCCAGUAGGAAGUCGUUUGGGAUUCGGUAUUUGAUUUUGCGGUUUGAAACAGAAGGGGUGUGAGUGAGUGAGUUAGCUUAGCAGUAUAUAGGGAUCACUUCACCCCCUCAGCGAAACAUUUGGGAAAAAUCUCGAGUUUGUUGUUAUAAAUAUUAAUAUUUACACUGUAUUAAUAAUAGUGUGUUUAAUGGAUAGCUGGCAACUGGAGUCUAAAAAAAAUUGGACAUUUUUGGAUAAAACCGGUUUGAACCGACGUUAGAAGAGUCGCGAGACGUUGCUAACGAAUCGAGCUUAGCUUGUUAGCUAGCUAGCUAGCUAGUUAUCGGUGUUAGCUUAGCUUGUACCAUAUUUCAUGAUUAUAAUUAUGUGAAUUAAAUCUAUAUACAUCUAUUUACACGUUGUUUAAAGAAAUAUAUCAGUCCAACAUGUCUGGAUAGUAAUUUUUUUUUUGUAUUAAUUAAUUCGUCUUAGCUAGUAGUAGUAGUAGGAAUAGCUAAGUGGUAGGUAGCCUUAAGGUUAAUUUUCCACAAAUGUAAUUAAUUUAAAGUUGAUUCAGCGUCAUAGCUCGGUAAAAUAAGCUAUAAGAAUUUGUAAUGGUUUACAAGCAAGAGUAGAUAGUAGAUAAUUAGUGUACAUGCGCAGUAAGCUAUGUCCUAAGCUGACUAACAGGCUUCACAGGUGACAUGUUGAUGCAUAUGCAUGUCGCUUAGCGAUCCAGUGUAUUCAUCACGCCUCAUUAAAUCAGUUCAGCGAUGCGAUCUUGGCGAAAUUCCUGCUAACCAGCGUUAUUAAGCUGGCGCUGUGUCAGAAAGCGUGCAGGCUGCUUUCCGGCACACUCGGACACUCCUUAUCAGGCUUGAACAGGAGGUCAUGGUCCCCGCUGCAUUGCGGCCCUGUUUCACCGGAGAGACCAGUCGCGCAUUGCUACAGUGAACCAGUGAUCCAUUCCCAGGGCUGCGAAAAGACAAGGCCAGUUUUGUGGUGUCGUGUUGGGAGUGCUGUGGUCGGUGGGGAAAAAGCAGACCCAUCAUCGCCCAUGCCCGCCAUGCCUGGUCCGGCGGCCAGCAAAGCGCGGGUGUACGCUGAUGUGAACACUCUGAAGAGCAAGGAUUACUGGGACUAUGAAGCACAUGUGCCUAGCUGGAGCAACCAAGAUGAUUACCAGUUGGUCCGGAAGCUUGGAAGAGGCAAAUAUAGCGAAGUGUUUGAAGCCAUCAACAUCAACAGCAAUGACAGAGUGGUGGUGAAAAUACUCAAGCCUGUCAAGAAGAAGAAGAUCAAACGCGAGAUCAAAAUCCUGGAAAACUUAAGAGGAGGAACCAACAUAAUUCGCCUUGUGGAUACAGUCAAGGAUCCUGUGUCCAGAACACCAGCUCUUGUCUUUGAGUGCAUCAAUAACACAGAUUUCAAGGAUCUCUACCAGAGAUUAACAGAUUUUGAUAUUCGUUUCUACUUGUAUGAACUUCUAAAGGCUCUGGAUUACUCUCACAGCCUGGGAAUCAUGCAUCGGGAUGUAAAGCCACAUAACGUGAUGAUAGAUCAUCAAAUGAGAAAGUUGCGCCUGAUAGAUUGGGGUCUUGCUGAGUUCUAUCAUCCUGCACAAGAAUAUAAUGUAAGGGUGGCCUCGAGAUCAUACAAGGGGCCAGAGCUGCUGGUUGAUUAUCAGAUGUAUGAUUACAGUUUAGACAUGUGGAGCCUGGGCUGCAUGCUGGCCAGUAUGAUUUUUCAGAAAGAGCCCUUUUUCCAUGGCCAGGACAAUUAUGACCAGCUUGUUCGUAUCGCUAAAGUUCUUGGGACCGAAGAACUUUACAGCUACCUUAAUAAGUAUCACAUUGAACUGGACACACGUUUCAAAGACCUGCUCGGACAGCAAACGCGAAAACGCUGGGAGCACUUUGUUCAGCCAGAGAAUCAGCACUUGGUGAGCCCUGAAGCUCUGGAUUUGCUGGAUAAGCUGCUGCGUUAUGACCAUCAACAGAGACUGACUGCCCAGGAGGCCAUGGAACACCCCUACUUCUAUCCUGUGCUGAAGGGACAGUCUCUCUCAAACUCAGAUGGCACUCUGGCAAUAAGCAGUUCAACUGCAACAUGAUGAGCUAAAAGUAAAAGGAAAACCUUUUUACCUCAGUGUUUGGCAGAGACCCUGCGUUUCAGGUGUAAAGCUUCACUCUACUGAAGCAAGAAGUAAUUUAGUAUCACAAGACAUGUACAGAAAACUGAAACACGCCGGGCUGGCCGAAUCCCUCUCCUUUAUUCACUUUGUAUUAGUGCUGCUUGCCACAGUUACUUAGAUACCAAAAAAAAAAUGGUAUUCUGUAUGUCCCCUUCUUUCCUCUUUUAAGUUAAACAUCUCUCUUAAAAAAACAAAACAAAAAAAAAGAAUUAUAAGUGAUUAUAUAUUGUGGUUGGGAAAGAAUGCCUGCUCUUUCCCUGUGACUCUCAGGCUCUACAUGACUGCUGUGGGCUCAGGAUCCAGGCUGCAUUAUAUGCUGGAAAUGGUCAGUUAAUUUGCCCUGCUGAGAUGAGUGCAAAUUCUAAAUUAUAGUAUUAUUAUUAUUCUUGGGUAUGGAGGCUUUUCUGCGAUCUGUUGAAAAUAUGAUAUAUUAAAUAAGAGAUACUUUUUAACCA